UCAAAUUCCUUGCUCUCUCCCCCCCUAUUUCUCUCUCUCUUAAUUAAAGAGAAGAUGGGUCUCUCCAACCAUCUUCACGACGUCUCCGGCGAUUCCCUCCCGCUUCUCCUCCUCGCCGCUGCGGCAGCAUCCAUCGCCUACCUCCGAUCCUUACUCUUCCGCCUCCUCCCCCUCUCGUCCUCCCCCGUCGACGCCGAGCACGACAUCGAGCCGUCCAUCGGAUCCGGCCUCGCCGGCCUCGUCGUCCUCGCCGAUCACCUCGCCUCCAACCGGCCGUUCCCCUUCCUCUCCUGCCCGUCGGAGGGGGGGGACCGGCGGCCGGAGUGCGCGGUGUGCCUGUGCAGCCUGGCGGACGGCGACCGCGUCCGGCGGCUCCCCUGCCGCCACGUGUUCCACGGCGAGUGCCUCGACGGCUGGCUCCGCCAGCUGAAUCUCUCCUGCCCUCUGUGCCGCUCCCAGCUGGCCGCACCCGAGCUGCGCGCCGUCGUCGACCGCCGGAUCGGGGCGGAGCUCGUCUCUUGGCUGUCCCACUACUGAUCCGACGGUGGAGAUCGAUCCGCGCGACGACGACGGCCUUAUUUUUUGGGGUCUCUCUGACGGCGGAGAUCUUUGAUUUGGCAUAUGUUGUCACCGUUUUAACUGGUUUUAUCUUUUUUUUUUUUUUGGCCUAAGCUGCACAGCACCUCAAAUGACAUCUGUUCAUGAAGAUGACAUCGAUCGAUAGCAUAACAAGGAGAAAAAGGGUUGGUGACGAACAAAUGUAUUCGUAGAUCAAGCGAUAGAAUAAUGACAUUUUAUUAGUAAUUGAAAUGAAUAAUAAUGGUGAAAUGGCAAUGGCAAUUUGCAUAAA